GCAAACAGGCUGAGCACGGCCAGCCGCCGGCAGCCCGAGCCCGGCGCUCGGAGCGGGCGGUGAGCGGAGACCGGACACACCGGGCACGGAGGAGAAGCAGGGAUGGGGGCGAGGUGAUGCCAAAGCCGCGGAGGAGACCAUGGCCAGGCGCCGUGCUGGGACACCCCCCCUACUCCAGCUCUCCCUGCUCCUGCUCCUCUGCCCGGGCGGGACUCUGGGCUGCGCCUUGGUGGCCGUGGGCUCACCCGUUGUGACCCUGGGCUCGGCCGUCACAGCAACCUGCACCAUCCAGAGGGAACUCUGCCAGGGCUUGGAGCAGGGGAAGGUCCGGAUCAGCUGGAUGCUGGACAACAAGCCCGUGGCUGGGAGCCAGCACCAGGGUCCGGGGGGCACGGAGGUGUCCGAGCUCACCCUGCCCCAGUUCAACCGCACUCAGGCCAGGCUGUGGUGCUGCGUGGAGUGGAACGGGACCAAGCAGCGCGUGGGCAUGACCGAGAUCAGGGCGGGCUACCCUCCUGCAAAGCCCCUCAACCUCAGCUGUGUCCUGAACCUCGGCGACUACGGGCUGACGUGCCAGUGGGAGCAGGGAGCCAACAGCCACCUCCCCACCAGCGUGGCACUGAAGUGUGCCGGGAGCAGAGCCCAGGCGGUGACGGGCUGCACCCCACGAGGCGGGCACAGCCACUGCACGGUGCCGCGCCCGCUGCUCCAGCUGUACCGGGAGAUGGAGAUCUGGGUGUCCGUCACCAACGCCCUGGGCACGGCCGAGUCAGAGCAUCUCUGCAUCGACCCCAUGGACGUCGCCAAGCUGGACCCCCCAACCCUGAAGAACAUCCAGUCCAUCCCCUUCCAGACCGACUGCGUUGCCCUGGCCUGGGAGGUGGCGCGGGGCACGGAGCACAUGGAGCUGCAGUGUGAGCUGCGCUACCGGGCACCCGAGGACCCUGCCUGGAGCCUGGUCACUGGCAUCGUGGGCCGGGCUGGCACCGCGCAGCGCUGCGGCUUCCUCUUCGGCACACGGUACCACUUCCAGCUGCGCUGCCGGCGCAGCUCAGCACUGGCCUUCUGGAGUGAGUGGAGCCCGGGCAGGAACUACACCACCCACGAGAAAGCUCCUCCUUUUGCAGCCCCCUCAGGGAAGCUGGACGCGUGGUGGGGGGCUCGGCCGGCCGGGGCAGGGGGGCGGCUGGAGGUGCAGCUGCGCUGGAAGGCCCCACGGCGGCACGAGGCCAAUGGGCAAGUGCUGGGCUACCGUGUCACCCUGAGCCCCAGGAGGAGGGGCAGGGACCCCCCCACCGUCUGCAACACCACCCACACCGAGUGCAACUUCUCGGCGCCCACGGGGACCAGGAGGGUCUAUCUCUCAGCCUACAAUGCCGCCGGAGAGUCGGCAGCAACCGAGGUUGUCCUCCUGGAGAGGAAAGGUGAGCCCCUGGCCGGGCUCUGGGCCGAGCCCGGGGACAUCAGCAGCCUCAGGGUGCACUGGGAGGCACCGCCGGCCCCGGUGGCCGCCUAUGUCCUGGAGUGGCAGCGGGUGACAUCUGAGCCCGGGCACUGCAGCGCCUGCUGGCAGUUGGAGCGUGACGGGGCGGCCACCGCAGCCCUCAUCCAGUAUGGCAUCGAGCCUUUCCAGCGGUACAACAUCUCCCUGUACCCCCUCUACAAGGACGCUGUUGGGAUGCCCGUCCACACCGCAGCCUACUCCCAGCAGAGGGCACCGUCCUACGCCCCAAAGCUCCACCUGAGGAGCAUCAGCAAGUCAGAGGCCGAGCUGUGCUGGGAGCCACUGCCAGUGGAGGUGCAGAACGGCUUCAUCACCAACUACACCAUCUUCUGGGCCAACAGCAUGGCUGACAUGGCCAGUGCCACCGUGAAUCCCUCUCUCAGCUCCUUUGUCAUCCGGGGGCUGAGGCCCUCGACCCUGUACAAGGUGCACAUCAUGGCAUCCACGGCUGCCGGCGGCACCAAUGGCACCAGCCUGACCCUGGUGACCACAGUGCUUGAUGACACUGAGAUCCAGUUCCUGUUCCUGACCCUGGGGCUGGCCUUUCUCCUGCUCAUACUGUUGCUCAUCUGCUUCCAGAAGAACGAGAGAGUGAAGGAGCAGCUCUGGCCCAGCGUCCCUGACCCCGCCAACAGCAGCCUGGGCAAGUGGGUGCCGGCAGUGCUGCCACAGGAGCCGCUCCUGGUCCCCGCCGCCAGGGAGCCCGGCCCGGCCGCCAUCUCCACCGUCACCGUGCUGGAAGGGGCCCCGGGGAAGCCGCCGGGGAAGGAGCCCCCCGGGCCGCCCGCCGCCCUCUCGGCGCUGCCCCGGCCCUACGUGCGGCAGGACGGCCCCGGCGAGCCCGUGCAGUACGCGCGGGUGGGCGGCGCGGGGUACCGGGGGCAGCGGCUGCUCCCCGAGCCCGGACCCCGCUUCUACGAGAACCUGCGGGGCCGCGGGGACGGCGCCGGGGACUGGUGGGUCCCCGAGGAGACCCCCGCCAGCUUCCCGCUGCUGCAGGGGCUCCGCCUCGGCGGGGCCGAGGAGCUGCACGAGUGCCGGGCGGACUAGCGCGGGAUGGAGCCGGGCAGCGGCACCGGGAAUGCCACCGGGGACCGGGAUGCGGGAUCCACCGCUGCCCGGCUCCAUCCCGCACUGUGUGUCCCCUCCUGUCACCCCUCCGCAAUAAACAGGAACGU